GUGAUUUGAGAUUAAAAAAAAUGGCAAUGGCAAUAUUGAAAGAUGACAGAAAAUUAUUUCAGUUCCUUAAGUGAGAGGCUGGUAUACCUACCCAAAAAUAAUGAUAAUGAUAACCAAAUCUAAUUAUUUUUUUGGAAUAAUGUUUAGAAUUACGUCAAAAUGAAAUUGGUGUAUCAGAGUAUUGAUAGGGAUGGCGAGGGCUCUGUAGCUCUUAUCCCCGAAGAACCUGAAGAUAUGUGGCAUGCGUACAACCUCAUAUCUGUAGGAGAUUCAGUACGGGGUACAACAAUUCGAAAAGUCCAGACUGAAUCGUCCACAGGCUCAUCUUCAUCCAACAGAGUGAGAACUACAUUAACAAUUUCUGUAGAGAAUAUCGAUUUUGAUACUCAAGCAUGUAUGCUGAGACUGAAGGGAAGGAACAUAGAAGAAAAUCAGUAUGUCAAGAUGGGAGCCUAUCAUACACUGGAUUUAGAACAGAACAGAAAAUUUUCUCUGAGAAAACGUCUGUGGGAUUCAGUCUGUCUAGAGCGUAUCGAAAUGGCAUGUGACCCUACAAAAACUGCUGAUGUUGCUGCUGUUAUAAUGCAAGAAGGUCUAGCUCAAAUUUGCUUAAUAACGUCUAGCAUGACCUUGAUGAGAGCUAAAAUUGAUAUGAACAUACCAAGAAAAAGAAAGGGUUUUGUUCAACAACAUGAAAAGGGUUUAGCAAAAUUUUAUGACAAUGUUAUGCAAUCAAUUUUAAGACAUGUUAAUUUUGAUGUUGUAAAAUGUGUAUUGAUUGCUUCGCCAGGUUUUGUAAGAGAUCAGUUUUGUGAGUAUCUUUUCCAAACUGCAGUCAAAACUGAUAAUAAACUUCUCCUGGAAAAUAAACAUAAAUUCAUGUUGGUUCAUACAUCUUCGGGCUUCAAGCACUCGCUGAAUGAGGUUCUUCAAGAUCCAGCAGUUAUAAACAAAAUAUCAGAUACUAAAGCAAGUAGCGAAGUGAAGGCAUUAGAAAAUUUCUAUACAAUUCUACAGCUGGAACCAGAUAAAGCAUUCUAUGGUAAGAAACAUGUGGAAAAGGCUAAUGCAGCACAAGCUAUUGAAUCAUUAUUGAUAUCAGAUAAUUUAUUUCGAAGCCAAGAUGUUAAACUUCGCAAGGAAUAUGUUGAAUUGGUUGAUUCAGUAAGAGAUUCCGGUGGAGAUGUCAAGAUAUUCUCUAGUUUACACAUCUCGGGAGAACAACUGGAUCAGUUGACCGGAGUAGCUGCCAUUUUAAGAUUCCCAAUGCCGGAAAUUGAUGAUGAUGAAAGUGAUGAAGACUAGCAAAUUAUCAAAAUAUUUUAGAUGUGAAUUCCUUUCCAUGAGAUAUUAUAUAAUUCUUUGUUAUUUUACAUUUUAUGUAAUAAGUGUAAUUUUAGAGAAUGAAGCUGUUAUAUUUUUUAAUUUAUUUUGUAUAAGGUUAUUUAAAGAUAACCUUCAAUCAAUAUUUUUAUAAUUAUGAAAUUGAAACAUAAUUGAACACUUCUUGUUCCAUUAUUUUGGAAUAAUUGAUACCAGAGAUAAAUAAAUGAUGAAUCGAAAA